AUGGAUAUGGUGCAGAGGUUGGUGGCUGAAAAGCCUGUCGUGGUCUUCAGCAACAGCUCUUGUUCUUGCAUGAGCCACUCCAUUAAGUCAUUGAUAUGCAACUUUGGGGCGAACCCUACAGUUUAUGAGCUUGAUGGAGCACCCAAUGGACACCAGAUUGAGAGGGCACUGCUGCAGCAGGGGCAUCGUCUGCCGGCUGUGUUCAUAGGGAAAGAGUUCAUUGGUGGUGCAAGAGAGGUGAUGAGUCUCAACCUCAGGAGUGAGCUCGGUCCAUUGCUCAUAAAAGCUAAAGCUAUAUGGCUUUAA